AUGAGUUUUUCACCAUUACCUCCACCUAUUUUUGUAGGUGAAAGCUACAACAUUUGGGUUGUGAAGAUGAAAACAUAUCUACAGUCUCAUGACCUGUGGAACGUUGUUCAAAAUGACACAGAGCCACCACCUUUGAGAGCUAAUCCAACAAUAGCUCAAAUCAUGCAGCACAAUGAAAACUGUGCCAAGAAGUAUAAGGCCUGGGACAAACUCAAAGAAGAGUUUCAAUGGUCAAACAAGACCAAGCAACAACAGUUGAUCAACUUGAGAAGGGACUUUGAAAAUUUGAGAAUGAAAGACUCAGAAACCAUCAAGCAGUAUGCUGACAGAAUUAUGGCCACUGUCAACAACAUAAGACUUUUUGGGGAUGAGUUUAGUGACCAAAGGGUAGUUGAGAAAGUCAUAACAAUUUUACCAAAGAAGUAUGAAUCAAAUAUUUCUUCUUUGGAGGACUCGAGGGACCUAUCAGUCAUUCCCUUGACAGAGCUGAUAAAUGUUCUCUAUGCACAAAAGCCAGAAGCAGAGAAAGCUAAAGCUCGAGCUCAAAUUACAAAGGCAAGAAGCCUUGGACAGAGAAGAAAGAAAAAGAGAAGAAGGAAGCUGCCAAGAAGAAGUUUCCACCUUGUGCUCAUUGCAAGAAGACCACUCACCUUGAAAAUACUGCUGGUACAGGCUGCUGUGGAUGUUAAAGGACAAGAAGAGCAUGUCUUUACAGCUUCUUGUUUUGCAAGCUUCAGCAAGGUCAGCAAGAUUUGGUUGAUUAACAGUAGAUGUACAGACCACAUGGCCUCAGAUGAAAGCAUGUUCAAUGAGCUAGAUAUCGCUUUUGUGUCCAAAGUUAGAAUUGGGAAUGGUGAGCUUCUCAUGGCCAAAGGCAACGGCAAGGUUGUGAUUGCCUCCAAGUUAGGUAACAAAACCAUUUCUGAGGUUCUUUAUGUACCUAACAUUGAUCAAAAUUUGCUGAGUGUUGGUCAACUACUGGAAAAGGGCUACUCUCUCUUUUUUGAAGGGAAAACCUGUAUGAUUAAAGAUGCUACUGACCAAGUGUUGAUAAUAGUAGAUAUGCACGAUAGAACUUUUAUUGUAGAUGUGAAUCCAGCUGCAAGCAAAGGCACAUAUAGCUCAAGCUAUGGAAGCAAGCUUGUGGCAUAG